CUUCUGAUUGGCUACCGCCUGCACCCAAUAGGCUUCACAGGACGCGUCUGCGCAUGCGCAGUGGGUGUAGUGCGCUUCUCUGUGGUUGUGUCCCGGUAACGGUGCCCAGUGCUGCUUUCGCGAUGUCCCUGCACGGGAAACGGAAGGAGAUCUACAAGUACGAGGCGCCAUGGACCGUGUACGCCAUGAACUGGAGCGUGAGGCCGGACAAGAGGUUCCGCCUGGCUCUGGGGAGCUUUGUGGAGGAAUAUAACAAUAAGGUGAGCCUGGUGGCUGGGGAGACCCCCUCAAUCCAGCUCUGGGGGGUCCCUGGGGGGCUGAGACUGGGCCUUAUUCACUAAACAGCGAUGGGAAACCCUCAUUGCAAAAUCCAGGCCAGAGUAGCCGAGCUGUGAGUGGAGCUGAGUGGGAGAAUCUUUCCAGAUCAGCUGUUUUUGCCUGGAUUUGAGCCAUUGUUUUUUUUUUUUUUAAUAUGUCACUACAAUCCUGCUUUCAGACUGGUGAAUAAUAAUAAUAAUGAUGUAAAAAUGUUGGGGGGAUUCAUAGGGAAUUUCAGAUUUUAAUCCAAUAUAGCAAAACUGAAGGUUUGAAGAUUAAAAAAUAAAAUAAAAAAUUCACUUAAACUUCACGACAAAUUACAAUUUAGUCGACAGACGGAUAUAGGUAAUACGGUAACGCUUUUAAUGCAAAUCACUGGGGGAAAACAUUUCGUUACUAAAAUGGGUCUCUUUUGCCUCGUUUACACUGAGCGGUAAGGUUCAGUACGGUAUGCUAUUUUGAGUGUUUCCAUUAUGAAAGUGGCUCAUACAACCGGACCGUACCGCACCAUUCAUGGUCCUCCUUCAGAUGUAGGGCCAUAGGAAAUGGAACGGUACGGUUAGGGCGCAGCUACUAGCGUCACUAUUUACAGGCGGACAGGACAUGACACGCUAUGCAUUCUUUCUAAACCCCGCAUGUCCCCUGGCGGUCCGACUUGCAAUGGAAAUGCUCACCUGAAUAGGCUGGACCAUUAUAAACCUUGCAAAUCGUACCGACCCGAACCGCUCAGUGGAAACAAGGCAUUUGUCAGGUUCCACAGGACUAUUUAUUAAAGUGAGAAUUUAAAAUUAAUUUUACAUUUAAGGGCAGAGUAACCAGACUGAAGUGGAGUAGCUGACGUAGAGAAUUUUACCAGUCCAGCAAAUUUGGAAUUCACUUUGAAUUCUCACUGUAGUGAAUAAUUUGGAUAGUAUCAGCUUACUCCUCUUCCUAAGGAGUGAUUUUUUUAUUUAUUUUUUAACUAUGAUUUGAAAAUAAAUUAAGAUCUUAGAAACUCAAAAACUGGAACCCAGUUAAAUAAUCUUCGCAUCUUCUGAAGUGUCUGAAUGGAAGUCAUUCAAAUUGCGUAUUGAGAUGUACUUAUGUUUGUAGGUUUAUCUAGCAGGAAGGGUGUAUGUGUUUAUAUUGUAUAGCCCACUGUACAGGGAAAAAAAGGGGGAUAGAAACAUGCUAUCUUGGUUUCUGUGGGGGGGGGGAGAGCUCCAUCAAAUUGCAAAUUGGAAUUUGAGAUCUAAAUGUGUAUACAAUUCUUUGAGCAGGGUCUCACCACUUUGUUUCUCUAUAUUUUGUCGUCUUGUAAUUAAUUGUCUGUCAACUUGUUAUACAGUGCUGCAAAAUAUGUUGGAAUGUUGUAAAUUUGCAUUAAAAACAUGUCUCGAAAAAUACUUGGACUGUAUCCUUUUAAUUUAUUUUUUAUUUUUUUUGCAUAGUAUAUUCUAUGGUUGGAUGCUCCAUGGUAACAUGUUAGACAAUCAAUAAUUUUUUUUUAAAUAAUUCAAACUUGUGGGGGUAGCAUUGAGCAUUUGGUGUGCCUGUGAUCUUGCACACAACAACUGUAAUUUCAUGGGUAUAAAUGUGAGCAGUGGAAGAUUUCACUGCUUUCCAAUGUAAAGCAUUUUGUAGGUCUUAUUUGCCAAAUUUAUUUUUGAAAUUUUAAUUAUGCUUGCAUGCAUAUUAAACAAAGUUAAGUUUCCUUUAAUUUACGCUAUAAAUGAACACUUCAAGCACAGCUUACUGUAGUGGUUAUAGUGCCAGGAGUGUCCUGGUGCUUCCCUAUUGUACAUUGUCAAACUGUUUUAUUUUUUUAACAUCUUAAGUGUUAUUCGCUAAAUUGAGAACUCAAAGAGAAUUUAAAGGCUUACUGUGAGAGGGGGACCUUUCAAGCAUAAUAUGCCUUACUGGGCACUAUGGGGAAAGUCCCCUCUGGGGCCGUGCAUGGUCCAAUCACAAGUCUUCUCAUAGAGAUGGACAAUUUCGCAAACUCAGAGCGCAUGUGCACGCUCCGCAUCAGUGAGGAGAAGUGUUGUUUUUUUUUUUUUUAAAGCAAUUUUUAAAAACCAAUGUGCAUGGAGGGAGCAGCAAGCUUCUGACUGCAAGGGAAGAUUUCUAUGUCUGUUGGCAGCGUUCAGUGCACGAUGACAAUAGACAUAAUUUAUGCACAGGAUUGACGUUCUGGACUGCCAAUCUCUCGUAUAUUGGGAGUGCAACUAGCCCAAAGCACACCAUUACAAAUAUCUCCGUAUUUGCAGUUUUUCAUGCAGGAAUGCUGCACAUACUGACUUUGAUUUAAAUUGAUUUUAAGUCACUAAUCAUUAAGACAUGAUUUUAAACAUGAAGACUUAUUCUUGCUUGUUGUUACAAUUCUAAUAUUUUUCUAAAUAUGUAAUUUUCAUCUAGUUGAAAAUAACUUCAGAUUAGUCAUCAUAACUGAUUUUGUUAUAUAUGCCAUUAGAAAUACAUGGAUGGUGAUGAAACCAUUGCAAGGUGCACAAUCCCGUGUACUGAGAUAUUUUUAUAUUGCUGUCAGAGUUUCAUAUUGCACCGUGACCAAUUUAAAUCACUGGAGUGGUUUUGAUGGCUGAUGUAACCCUUUAAGUUAAGCUGCUCGUAGUGCGUACGUAGAUUUGCAGAAUAGCAUAGGACUAUAAUGUAUCUUAAAAAAAAUAUAUAUUUGUAUUUAUUUAUUUAUUUAUUUAUUUUUUAAAGAUGGAUUUUACAUCCCAAAACAUGUAUUUAAAAUAAAUAAAUUGAUAAAAAGCCUUUCAUUUUCUCUCCUGUUUCUUGUUCUCAUAAGGGGUUCCUGAAACCUAGCACUGUUGUCAAGAGAAUAAUUUAUACUUAAUUUCUUGUAACACGUAUGUCUACAUGUGCAUGUUCCCAGGUGCAGCUAGUGGGUCUGGAUGAAGAGAGUUCUGAAUUUAUCUGCAGGAACACGUUUGACCACCCGUAUCCAACUACAAAGCUCAUGUGGAUUCCUGAUACCAAAGGAGUAUACCCCGACCUUCUGGCCACUAGUGGAGACUACCUACGUGUUUGGAGGGUGAGCACAUUUCUGCUUGACUUUUAACAGCUAUAUCCAAGGUAAUGUGGGGUAUUAAACGACUUACUCUUUUCCCAAGUAUGUACGAUUUCACGAUGGCUGCAGGGAAAGGAUGAGCAGGGUUCAACUUUUCUGCUAGCCUUUAUCAAGUCAAAAUGGAGUUUUCUAUUUCCAGCUAUUUUUGCCUUGUUUCUUCCCCACCCCGAUUUAGUUUAGUAAAUAACCCUGUUAGUGUGCUCCUACAUGAUAAGACUUGUCAGAUGCUGCAUGAGACAUUUAAGGGCAGAGAGCUAGCUGUGCCGCUACCAUGUCCAUUACCGGAGGUUUAAAGGACCAGUAUAGGCUCUUAGACCACUUAAUUUCAAUGUAUUGGCCCUUCAGUUUAAACUCAGCAAUGCAUAACAUUGCCAUUAGUAGGAAAGUUGUGGCGGCCUACCCAUAUAUCACCGCCAUGGAUUCCCUUUCCCUCCGUAAAUAAAGCUCUCUGCGUAUUUUCAGUGUUUAUAGCUGUGUAGCAGAUUCACCCCAAGCACUAGCCGAGACUUGGUAUAGGGUGAAGUAAAGCUGGUUUACAAUAGAGAUUUCAACACCUAGGCACCUAACCUGGCACCUAGGUACCUGAGCAUGUCAUGUAAUAUCGGCCAUACACUUUGAUGCCAGUACACAUUUUAACAUAAAACAUAGGGUUCCUGUGCACACACUCCGAACAAUAUGGGGUAUAAAUAUUGCUGGUAUAAAUGGUGUCCCCGGAAGCUCUCUUCUGAGCGUCCACGCUGUCCAAAAUGCACUCAGAUUGGAGGUGGCUAGCCCGAAUUUUGGAUGGAAGUCAAGUUUUCAGCAGGCCGCUACUAUCCUCUGGUCCAGCGCAGAGUUCCAUUACCUUGGGUGGAAAGUCCCAGUCACCCAAAACAACGGCGCUUUCCUUAAAUACUUGGUGGUCUUCCAAGUCCACCUUGUCGUUGGAUGCCUCUCCAUCUCCACUAUCUCCUCUCCAAAAUGUACUGCUAGUUGGUCUGUGGAAUGGGAGCACUCAUGAUAAUGUUUUAGCAGACUGCGGCUGGUCCGCAAUCUGAUCAAGAGUUCCAGGGUGUUUGGUGGCUGUGGUCAGGCGCACAGUGCCUCUAUAACCUUCCUGCGAGUCGCUGAUUCUUCUGAAGGCCGCUAGGUUGGGUGCUGGAGUGGGAGGUACGACUUGGACCUGAAAAACAUGAUGAUUACAGCUGUUUUUAUAGGGAAGUGGAGGUUAGGAGCCAAGUACAGUCCCUGGGUGACCACAUACGGCAAUGCUUACAUUGCGGGGUUAAAAAUGCCUCUAUUGGCAGGUUACCUGAAAGAAAUCCGAUUUUAAUGAAAAAAAGAAAUGUAAAUCACUUUUUAAAAAUGUGUUUAUUUUUUUUAUCGCCAAUUAUCCACCCUGGGUAAUUUUGUUUUUCAGGUCGGAGAAACAGAAACUCGUCUUGAAUGCCUGCUGAACAACAACAAGAAUUCAGACUUUUGUGCUCCCCUCACAUCUUUUGAUUGGAAUGAAGUGGAUCCAAACUUGUUGGGUAAGGCUGACCUGACUCUUAAAGUCUUCCUUUUGCCCCAGUAUCUUAAUGACUAUACUUCCUCCUUUGCUACUUAUCUUUUAUUUAUAUUUACUAUCUUUUCUUCCGUGAGUCUGAUCUCAAUGAUGCCUGACUGAUCACUGUCUAUGAUGCCUGCUGUUUUCUAUUCUCCUCUUUUACUGAUGGACUGUGGUCAAAGAGGAUUUUGGUCACGUUUUUUUUUUUUUUUUUUUUUAAAGCAUAAAAGUGUCCUGGUAUAGGUAUAUUUAGCCUAGCGUUUAAAGUAGAUGUUUUUGUUAUGAGUGCCACAGUUUGAGAGUCAGUUUGCUAAUAUAAUAUUACUAAAAGUGGACAAACUGUCCAAAGAACAUAAUGUAAAAUGCCCCACCAAGGGUGGAUUUGAUGCAGUUUUAAAACUCUUAUAGGACAAAUGUUUUCAUUCUAGAUCCAGAAGAAUUUUGUAUUCCCCACCCCUAUCUGUUGGUUAGGCCAUAUUUUCUUAUUUAGUCCAAAUGUGUGUGCCCACAUUUAAAAUGUUUAAAUAGUAUGAAAACUAUUUUUAAUUUGUGAAAAAAAAUACAAAAAAUGCUUGUUUUAACUCUUUGUCUACAAUUUGUUUACAAAUAGUGCAGAUACACAUUUAUUAUUUUUCUUCAUACUUGUGACUGUUCUCCUAUACUCAGUCGGAGUAUCUCUGCCAUGUAUACCUUCUCUCCUAGGACAGAGUAGCCAAAGUGAUCGAUUACAGCUUGUCCCUUUCCCCAGAUAUAGAGCUGUUAGAGUGAUUAUUGCUCUUCCCAAACAUCAGCUGAGGCUUAAUGAAGGGUAAAAAAAGUCUAAAUAUAUUACAAAACAUACAGGUGUGUAUAUACACACACUUUCCCAACAGGGGUCAUUAUGAAAAACAAUGAAUUGCACAACCUGGGCUCCUUGGUGUCUGGGACAUGGCUGACUUAGCACAAGUUAAUUUAAUUACAUACUAGACACCAGGUGGCCUAACUAUAUAAACCUUAAAACUAGAUUAUUUAUGCUCUUGUUCUGGAGGAGUUUGGAUCAGCGUUUACCUGUAAUCUGUCACCUGUCCUUGAGUAUUUGUUUGAAACACCUAUUCGGCAAUGACACUUAAGGGUGUUAAAACAAUGUUGCUGUAGUCUUCUGGUUGGUGGAAGGCAGGAAAGUUAGCAGAUUUAUUUUGUGGUUCUCAGGCACAUCAAGUAUUGACACCACUUGCACCAUCUGGGGUUUGGAGACUGGGCAGGUUCUUGGCAGAGUCAACCUAGUGUCGGGGCACGUGAAAACACAGCUUAUUGCCCACGACAAGGAGGUAAGCAACUGUUUAUAGAUGUAUCCUUGCAUAUCACACGUCUAAAUGUAGCAAGGACCUUUUAAAGUGUUCUAAGUGCCUCCUGUUUGUAUCAGGUCUAUGAUAUCGCGUUCAGUCGUGCAGGAGGGGGGCGAGACAUGUUUGCUUCUGUAGGAGCAGAUGGGUCUGUCCGAAUGUUUGACUUGCGACAUCUGGAGCACAGCACCAUUAUUUAUGAAGAUCCUCAACACCAUCCCCUUCUCAGAUUGUGCUGGAAUAAGCAGGAUCCAAACUACCUUGCAACCAUGGCUAUGGAUGGGAUGGAGGUGAGAGUUUUUAUUAGUACACUCUUGGUUUCUAAAACAAUAGUUUUUCCAGUUGCCUAGUACUUAUUGUUAUUGUCCGUUUUAUAUAGUCUGUCACAUCUUAUGGUUGUGGAUUUGGAAGGAGCUAUUAGACAUGAUCCCUCUGUCUGUAAAUAAUGAUUGUUCUAGGACAUGGGCGCUAGCUAUCAGGUUUUUACCCAAAUUACCUCUAUAUGAAAUGCUUUAUCCUUGCAGAAAUCCUAGAUGUAAUCCGUUUACAAUUUGUUUACCAACAAUCCAUUAUACAGUGUUCGUCCCUUUCGUCUCACAGGUGGUUAUUCUGGAUGUUCGUGUUCCCUGCACACCAGUGGCCAGAUUAAACAACCACCGUGCAUGUGUAAAUGGAAUUGCCUGGGCACCCCAUUCUUCAUGCCACAUCUGUACUGCAGGUAAGGCUGUCUUCCGUUUUGUGCUACUGUGUUUCAGCAAUGCAUGCAGAGCUUAUAAAUUGCAAUAACAAUCAAAGUUUAAUCUUUGUAGAGCCACAUAUGUAGGGUUUCCAACUUUCUACCUGUAGUAAAAAUUCUGUCAGAAAUCUUACUAUGUUUCAGAUUGUAGGUCAAUCACCCACUGGCGGUUUUUUAGCGGCAGUGAUCAUUUUCAGUAUUUGCUAAGUGAGUAAAGCACCAUAGGCACCGUGGCCCUCUGUAGUUGCUAUGAUUCUAGCAGGCUGUUGACUCUCUCCUUUGGUUUUAUGUCAAAUCAUGUUUGAGCAACUUGACACAAACAUAGGGUUUCAAAGUUUCCUGUGGACCUGUUCUUUGAUUGCCAUUUUGUUAAUAAAGACGUUGUACGGUAUGUGGCAUUAUAACGUGGCUGUUCCAAGGCUCAGAAUUUGCAGUAGCCAUUGGGCAGUAAAAAUUUUGCUGUGUUGGGUAGGAAUUCACCCCAGGUGUGCAAGUUAUGGUUUGUAGUGGCAAGUAACUUUGAAGGCCUGGCUAGUAGCACAGGCCUAGAAUUUUUUUGUUAUUUAUUUUAGAGAAAAUCAUAUCUUCAUUUAUAGACCGUUAUUGUCAAGUAUUGCAUAAAUUCAGUUUCUUGCUUUUAAGAUCUGAAUCUAACAUAAAGCAGUACAAUGAGGAAUUGAAUUUAAAAUGGAUGCUAUUUUAAAUGAUGUAUUUUUACAUUUUUUUAUUUUAUAUUUUUGCAGUGCAUAAGAUAGGUACAUAUAAGCUUGAGGUACCCCAACUGCAAUCCUCUGCAUCAUAACAAGCUUUACAAUUGGGGUAGUACCAGGAACAUGCACAAUUUUAUAUUCUAGUAAACCUGCAUAAAGAUAAGAAACAUGCUGAUCUUAUGUAGAGGGGAAUCAAUCAAGAUUUUGUUAGCAAGAGUUAAUUAAACAUGGUCUUAAGUGUGAAGACUAUGCCAGGCAUUUGUAAUGUUGAUUUGAAAAUGUAACAUGCUAGCAGGCUUUAAUCGAGCUGGCUAAUAGUGGGUUUAGCCCCUGGAAUGCCUCACUUUAUCGUAGAGUGUGUUUAGAUUGAGGCAGGCAACUAAAAGGUUAACUAAAUCUCAAAAUUAAAACGCAAAACGGCAUCGUCAGACUGGGUUCAGAUGGGCAGUAAAUAGUAUUGUGUCCUGGGGAGACACAGAUGAUGUGCUCGGGACCGUAGGGCCAUUGCCUCAGCUCGGAAUAGCGAGAAAGUAUCUGGAGGCUGCUUGGGUCGCCCGGGUGCAUACUAGAGGCAAUUCUGGGUAGGGGUUUACACUUGUCAUCCAGCCUGCCCAGGGUUUUGCUGAGGGCCUGCAUCUUUGUACCCCGGACCUAGGGUCUCUCCUCUGAGACCAAGUCCUUCCUCUCUAGGAGGUGACAAAAGCCCUGGGUAGUCGGUCGUCUUUUGUGGGGUCUGCACUUCUGCCUCUUUAGGGGAUUUCUUGGGAGGGAAUCCCUUCUGGCUCUCUGCCCAGGUGGUGCUAGGUGUGUGGGGCUUGGUGGGAGGUUGUUUUUCCCGACGGGGCCUCAUGCACCCCAUCUCCUGCUCUCCUCCGUUUACUCCUCUGUCCCUCUGCUGCCGCUUCCAGAACCGGACAAAUAUCUAAUCGAGGUGCUGUAGCAUACGAUCUAGCGUGGUGCACCCGUCUUGCUCGGCCGACUUCUGCCCGGUUGUCACUUGAUGGGGGCGAGUCCGCCAUUUUGAGUAGGAGUGCUGAGUCUCCGUUUUGUGCAAUAUUAGUUGCCUGCAAUCAGCAAGGUAAGUGGUGCUGCUUUGUGUGGACCAUGAUGACCCCCGUCGGUCUGGGGGGAAAGGUGAUUUUACAUGGGUCCCAGCUUUUGCUUAAGAGUCUGGAGAGCGACUGUCUCUCGGUUACGCAGUCUCGUGUAGGCCGCAAGCCUCGGUGCGUCAGUCCGACUUCGCAGGAGCUUGAAAAAGGCUCUGAUGCAGCAACCUCUCCCAGGUGAGAAUAUUGGAGCUUGCGAUCUGUGAGCUGUUUUUUGUCCCCAGACGUGGGAGCUUGUGCUGAACACGUCUGGGCUGCACGAGGAGGAGAGUGACCCGGAAUGGAGGGAUGUAGUCUGGAAAGAACUCUGGUACAAUGCCAUAGCUGGGCUCCAGGUUCGGCAGAGAAAGAGUCUCCCGAGCUGGGAGCAGAGGGUGCAGAGGCAAGUAACUCUGUGGAUGCCUCUCCUAGGAGAGCAACCUCUUUGGUUUGGAAGUCCUGGAGAAUCUCAUGCAUGAUCUAUCUGAAGCUAACGGUGUGAGACAGAACCUGACUUUUCUUGUUAACCUGGAGUGGGAGCCCGAACAGGACUAUAUGACUGUUUCACUGUAUACCGCCCCCUGCCUCGGAAAUGAUGUUGCUUAUGGACUUUGCAUAGUGUUGGGUGUCAUGGUUUAGGCGUUUGAAUCUAAUGGCGUAGACCAAAUGAUUCUCUGGAACUGUUUUUGGGUAUGUACAGAGCCUCAAGCCCAGACUUUAUAUGAGGAUUUCUCUGGCUCUGUACAUCUGAUCACUCCGUUAUUUGCAGGGGUCAUAGCUGGGACCAGAAGCUAUUCAGGCAUGUGGGGGUGCGUUACUGUAUGUCGUGUAUUUUCAGGGUUUUUGUGUGUUCGGUUCCUGUGUCCGGGAGAUACUAUUAUCUCCCAGACACGAACACCGGGUGGGCUUAUGUUUUGUAUUGCUGUAAUUAGAGACACCCUGCGGGGUCUGUGCAUAAAUACCUUGUAUCUUGCCUGCAAUAAAGCGUUCUUGUUCACCGUUCACUAAGUUUUGACUAGUGUUUGGGUGAUACUAUUAUUGCCCUUUUGCAAGCAACUAUAAUCACUGACUAGUAGCUAUAAUUACUCUAGGACUGGGCACAACUGGAAAGGGCUGACCACAGGCAGUAGUAAUCCAUCCUCGAGAGGGUAUACCGCCACAAAUACACAUUAAUUAUUUGUUGUUCGAUUUUCCUUUUGCUACAUGAUAACUAUAUCUACCAGUUUGCUACCACCUGUUCACUACUCUAUCUAUGCCCAUUACACUCUAUACUUGCCAAGUGAUCGUUUGUUAUGAUUGAGUCAGACAUCUAAACAGUGACUUUAUAUUUCUACUUUUUGUAUGUAUAAUUACUUUAUUAGGAUGUUUAAAUAAAACAAAUAUUAUUAUUAACGGGUUACUCUUUUUUUUUUUUUUUUUAAUAGGGAUUUUAUGCCUUUUUUUUUUUUUUCCUUAGUUUUUGCUUUUGUGUUAAUUGUUAGCCUUUUGGGGUUUCCCCCCUACCUCUGUGAGUGAGUAACCUUACACUCUCAGCUUUAAAAUGGGAUGGCUAUCUGGGUUAAGUCAUUUCGUGCAGAAAAGUACCGAAUGGACCGGCGUUCGUAUGCUAGAAGGCAGAGAAGGGAGGUCGGCGAUUUCAGCGGUGUUCGGGAGAAAUAGUGUCCGUUUUCAGUUCCAGGAAAUCAUCGACGAACACCGUUGAUCAUUCGUGCGUCCAAAAUGGCCGCCGCCUCGUGGUUGGCAUAAGAAUGACGACCACCCAGCAUACCGUUGAUAAUUAGGAGGUGUCUGCGGUUAACCACAACGUUCUAAUGAGGCCAAGAGGUUAACCAGCAGCACAUGUCCAUGCUGGGAAGCGGCUGUUCGGCAGUUCAUUCGGUAGUUAGGAAAAUAAACGAAUGGGGUGUACAGACAGGCAAUUAACCGAACAAACUGACGAACCAAGGGGAAUAAAAGUAUUUUAAAGACAGGUGGAUCUGUCACAGCAUGUAAUUUAAAUUUUUAUACUUUUCGCUCCUUUGAGUAAGUGAAAGUUCAAAAUCUUUUUGCCUCCUUUGUGAUGGCAAACAUCUUCGCAUUAUUGCAGAUUUUUUUUCGCCUCUAUCUAACCAGGCUUUCAAUUUCUUUCCUGAUGUUCUCACUGGUUUUGCUGUUUAAGGGACACUCCAGGCACCAAUAAAUGUUUUGCAGAAUGCUGCACCAUGAGACUGCCUCUUUAGCCAUGGCCCCUCAUGCCAGAAAUACCUAUUUAUCUAAGGUACACACAGUCUCAGCACUGAGUGCAAUCAGGUUGUGAAUUAAAAACAGCUCAGACUGUAAACAAAACUGCAAACAGGCAGUGAUAUCCUCACAAUAUGCCUUCUUGGGUGUCUUCUUCUAAUGCAAGUUGUUCUGUUCAGAUCAUUCAGUGCUCUCAGUAACUGAACUGAGUGCAUAACGUUUUGAUAAGGAAGUCUUUCUGGUGUGGGGCAGGCAUUCUACAAAACAUGUAUUGAUGCCCGGAGUGUCCCUUUGAAUUGAUACAAGGUUAUCCAGUUGAUUCUUAGAUUUCUGAAUGUUAAACCUACUUUGAGUUUAGCAGCAGCUGCUUACUUCAACAAUGUUUGUUUCUCUCCUUGUACAGCGGACGAUCAUCAGGCUUUAAUCUGGGACAUUCAGCAGAUGCCAAGGGCAAUCGAGGAUCCAAUCCUGGCUUACACAGCUGAAGGCGAGAUCAAUAACGUGCAGUGGGCAAGCACUCAGCCAGACUGGAUUGCCAUUUGCUAUAACAACUGCCUGGAAAUCCUCAGAGUCUGAUUUAUUUAUUCCAAAAUGAUUUGACCCCAAUCCUCCUGUCACAACCCUUCCUGAAUUUUUAUACAGUCAGACUUUUUUUUUUUUUGGUUCUCCCCUCCUGACCUCCCUUGUUCCCUAACACUGGUCACUAUUGGACUUAGGGAUUUUGUCAACAACAAGUGCUAAAAUAGUGCAACCAGCAUUGAGAGCCCUGUUGUUUCUUCAGGGUGUCUUUGAUAUCAUAAAAGUCAUUCCCUUUGUGUAUAACUAAAUUAGCACCAUGCAAUAGAAAAACCCAUACUCUUCAGUCUAAACUAGGAAGAAAUGGGAUUUUUAUAUGCUUUCCUUUUUCAAUCUUUUUUUUUUUUUCUCAAAUGUAGACAUGCUAACGGUAUCCUGUCUCUUAUUGAUGUUUUAAUAGUAAUAAUUGGAGGAUGGGAGGGAGUGUGGUAAUUGCUUGCAGGCUGUAACGUUUGUGUUGUGAUCAUGCCUGUGUAUACUUAUAUUUUGUGUGUAUAUGUAGCGCUCAUGUGCUGUUUCCAAGGGUCAUCAAUGCCCACUUAAAAGACUUUCCCCUUUUGUCUCCAAACUUGGCUUCUGAUAGCCGUUACAUUAAAACUGGCACAGCUGUCAUCUACUUUGUCCUUUUCUUAUAUGAGGGAAUGACUAAGAGAGCUCAAAAUAUUUGAUGUCUUAGCUUCUUGUGUUACUGGGCAGUUUCAAAGAGAAGCCAUACGCCAUUUGUGCUGCAGUGAAGAUGACCUUUUCCAAAUGAAUGCUUAUCUUUAGACUACCCACCCCUCCCCCUCCCCCCAUGUUCCUUUUUGCCCCAUGCCUUGGCCGUAGAAAAUCAACUGUCAUGCUAGUUGUGGGGAAAGUGAACAGUUGAACUGAUUUCAAGCAGGUGUCAUCAUAAAAUUUGUGAAAUUUCUUUCUCACCAAGAAGUUAGGUUCAUUAAUGAGGAUGUUGCAGCUUUCCAGUGGGUUUAUGUCCGUUAUCCACACGUAUUUUGGUUUAUGUUAUCUUUAUAAAUACAACUGAUACUAAUUAUAGCCUGUGUCUCUUUUAAAACAAAUUAGAUUAAUUUUCUUCGGGAGCCUUCCAUUGCUUAGAUUGUAAUGUUAUAUCAGCUUGGGCUGCAUCUGGUCAACUCUUUCUGAUAACGAGGUCAAUUUUUAGCAACCUUCACUGAAACAUUGAAACCAGUAUUGUGACAGAUCUCCUGUACUCCGACUGAGUACCUCUGCCAGGUCAACUUUCUCUCUACUACCAGGGACUCCUGAGUGUUUCAGACCCAGUUGCUGAAGUUGGACUGGGGUUUCUGCAGACCUCUUCCAGACAAGGCUGCAGUAAAUAUAGCUCGAGUCCCUCUCACUUGUAGAGCAUUGAUUUAUAGCUUUUUCUUUAGACGAGUCAGAAUGCAGGGUAGAACGAAUCUUUAUUGUACAGAACACAGCUAAUUAUACAAGACUGUGUAGACCAGGGGUGCCCAAAAGGUAGAUAUCCAGAUGUUGUAGAACUACAACUCCCACAAUGCUUUGCAUGCCUUUAGAAUGACAAAGCAUCAUGGAAGCUGUAGUUUUCAAACAUCUGACGAUCUACCUUUUUGGUACCCCUGGUGUAGACCAUGGGCAGUCCAUCUUUUAAUACCUAUCUCCCACUUAUGUAUCUUUUUUUGAUGGUAAAAUUUUCUUACUGCCCACCAGUGUUGCAUUAACUCAAGUGUUAAACUUUUUUUUUUUUUUUUUAGAAAGGAGGGUUCUUUCAAAAUAUGUACCUAAAUGUAUCUUCUUAUGUCUACAUAUAUAAUUUAAAUUUAAUGAAUUUCUGCAACUCCAUCGAUGCAGUGCCUACUAGUGUGAUAGCUGCUUAAAUUGAAGAAAAAGUUAAAUGUGAAAACUGGAUUUUUGCCUUUAAAAAAAA